AUGGCCAUCAUGAUCCUUCCCCUUAUCUACGGCGUGACUACUCCGGAGAACCGCCUCUCGAUCCAACUAUCGACGCUCAUCCGGUUCUCUAUCAAACAUGGCUAUGCGGGUCAGAUCGGGAAGGGUCUCGCAGUUUGUAAUCAAAUCCUUGUUAAAGACCUUACUAGGGGAUAUAUAGUUAUGAUGCACUGGAUGGAGCGUGCGCCUGUCACUGAAGUUGCGCAGAAUCCGUACUUUGUGAAAAUGGCCAAGAAUUGUCUUGGAGUGAAUGCGCCGCUGAUAUUGGCCGUAUACUGA